CCUACAAUGACAGGUCGUGUGUUGUAAAACAGUGCUAGUUAGAUGUUAUAUAUGACAUCUGUAAGGGUGACUGCUUAUAUUUUUAAUGAAUGGUACAAACGUGGUUAUGUUUAACAAUACGCUGUAACGUUAGUGGUUGAAUGUGAUUUUUAAUGCAUAAAAUGGUGCUACAGUGUCCUUAAGGCUACUAUCUGAAAGUAGAAAAAAACAUUAGUGUCCGAGAUAAAAAAUGUUUACAGCAGUACGGUUACGAUUGUCCCAUAAGUUUUGGUCGAGAGGAGGACACAGGGCGCUGAGUCUAUUCUCCAGUUCGGAACCUUCUAACUGGAGUAAAGUGGUGUCCGAUGCGGAGAAGAUCGUCGGCUAUCCUACAUCCUUCAUGAGCCUCCGGUGUCUGCUCAGUGAUGAACUCAGUAAUGUUGCCAUGCACGUCCGGAAGCUGGUGGGAACCCAGCACCCUUUACUCAACACUGCAAGAGGCUUCGUCUACGACAGCAGGAACAACCUCCAGAUGAGAGGACUGAUCGUCUUGCUCUUGUCAAAAGCAGCGGGACCGAGCCACACCGCCUCUGAUCUUCUGGCUCAGGACAUGGUCAGCGGCAUCUACCCCAGCCAGCGGAACUUGGCAGAAAUCACUGAACUGAUCCACACAGCGUUCCUGGUGCAUCGUGGGAUAGUCGACCUCAAGGAGUGGACUAUUUCAGACGGCCCGCUGAAGGACAUGCAGUUUGGAAACAAGAUGGCUGUCUUAAGCGGUGACUUCCUGCUAGCCAAUGCAUGUACUGGACUGGCUCAGCUGAAUAACACUAAGGUUGUUGAGCUGAUCUCUAGUGCCAUUGGUGAUUUAGUUCAAGGAAUCUACUAUGAAAAUUCCAGUAAUGCUGAGGAGAAUAGUCUCACCGAUGGCGUCAACAUAGCGGCCUGGGAGGAGCAGACUUUCUUGUCCCAUGGGGCACUGCUAGCCAAGAGCUGUCAAGCUGCGAUGGAGCUCGCCAAACACGACAAGGAGUCCCAAAGGCUUGCCUACAAGUAUGGCAAGCACCUAUCACUGGGCCACAAGUUGAACUCUGACCUGCAGCCGUUUGUGAAGAGCAGCAUGGGAGAGCCGUCAUCCUUCAGUUUGAGCGCCGCCCCGGUGGUUUUCCACCGUCAGAUUGUUGGACAGGAGAGAUGGCAUCAGCAGCUGCAGCAGGCAACAACACUGAGGAAGCAGCUGGAUUACUCUAAGCUUUUGGCAGCAGUUAAGUCGGAGAAAGGCGUGAGCUCAGCGGUGGACUUAUGCUGUUACCAUGGCAACAAGGCUCUGGAGGCCAUCCAGGCUUUCCCCUCCUCCGAGGCUCGAUCCGCCUUGGAGAACAUCGCCUCAGCCAUCACCAAAUUUUAACCUGGACACAUACACACUCGUGCUUUUAAAUGUGCUGCCUGGAGUGUCUUUGUCUGCAGCCACAACACUGAACUGAUGACGCCUUCAGAGACAAAUGAACUUCUGUUGGGCAACAUGCUGCUUUGGUCACCACUGAAAAAAAAAUCAAUAAAUAAAAACACAUCA